AUGCUGGCGCAGGAUCAGCGCGAGGCUAACUACAAGCAGUUCAAGAAGAUCCGCGAGGAGAAGGGCACAAAGAAGACCCGGCGCAUGGCGGCCAUCGAGGCCGCUGGGCCGCUUCGCGGUGUAGCCCGUGGUUUGGAAAGCCUUGCCUGUCAGAUCAUGAUGAAGUUCCCCCCGGGCAGCCGCAUCUACAAGCACGCCAAGAGCAUGAACUGGAAGAAUCGCAGUCUGGAGGAGCUGCUGGAAGAUGGAAGGGACGAGCUCAUGAUCUUCGAGUCGGAGUCUGAGGCCGAGGGGUAG